AUGACAUCCCAGAACUAUCCCCGUGAGGGCGCAAUCCCAGGGACAGUCGACCUAACCACGACCGAAGGCGAAGCCUCCAGUGCCAGUUACGGGCAAGCACUCUACCCGGUCCCUACAGAUGAUCCAAACGAUCCCCUCUUGUGGCCAAAAUGGAAGAAAACCUCCAUCCUCGUUAUCGUCUCCAUCUACUCCUUCCUCGGCAAUUGCUCCCUCGUCGGCCCAUCCGUGUACAUUGAUAUCUACAGCGAGGAAUUUGGGAUCCCGCACGCUGAGGCCUCAGGGCUGAUUUCGUAUCCCAAUUUGGCAUUUGGGUUCGGCUCGUUGGUGCUUGUCCCCAUGUAUCUUAAGCUAGGGAGGCGGUUUGUGACGCUCUUUUCUAUGAUCAUGUUCGUAGCCGGCCUCAUUGGCGCCUCUCGUGCAACCACAUUCGCCGGUCUUAUGGUCGCCCGCGUUUUCCAUGGCUUCGGCAGCGGAGUAUGCGAAUCUCUGCCUGUGCAACUUGUGAACGAUAUAUUCUUCCUACACGAGCGGGGGAAGAGGAUUGGUUACUACACCAUCUGCCUUUGCCUCGGCUCUACGGGCCCCCUUUACGCGGGAUACAUGCUGGCGGGCGGGUACUCGUGGCGGCUUUUCUUCUACGUCCUUGCGGCGUUUGCGGGGGCGCUGCUUGUAGCUGCGUUUUUCCUGGUGGAGGAGUCGAGGUUUCAUCGGCCGGAGAUACCGCAGGCAUCCAUGACUGAGUCUGAUCCCCAGAGUAAUCAGGCGAGCACAGAAGUUAUGGCAGAAGAAGAGAAGGGGACGGGACAUGCAACGGAGCUUGAAGCCGUCCCUAGCCCUAGCAUCCCCAAGCGCCGAAAAUCCUUCAUGGAAACCCUUAAGCCCUACGCCCCCAUCGACCAUGAUAUAGAGUUCUUCGCCACCAUCUUACGCUCCUUUGCGUAUUUUCUUGUCCCCGCUGUUUUCUGGGUAAUCACCAGCUACGGCAUAUACAUCGGCCUGGGCGCCCUAACAUUCAACUACACCUUCCCUCUUCUUAUAACCUCGCCCCCCUACAACUGGCCGUCCACAUCAAGCGGGCUGGUAGCGGUAGCGACGGUUCUCGGCUUCGCAGUCGCUCUCCCCUUUACACCAACUUCCGACAUUAUCGCUGCAAAAUUGACGAAGAGAAACUCCCACAUCCGCGAGGCAGAGAUGCGCCUGCCUGCCCUCCUACCCGGUCUUCUCUUAGCCCCCGCCGGCCUAAUAACCUACGGGCUAACCGCAGAGAACACCUUGCACUGGACAGGGUACUUUGCCGGUGUCGCAAUGACACAGUGUGGAGCAUACUUCUUCUUCACAUUCACACUUGCGUAUGCGGUCGACAGUUACUUUGCCGAUGUGAGCGAGAUGUUAAUUGCGAUGAACCUGGGGAAACAGGCAGUCUCGUUUGGAAUGGGAAGCUACCUGUUGGCUUGGAUUGAGGACAGUGGGUAUGCAGUCAUCAUUGCGGGGGUGUUCUGCGCGGUUGCUCUAGCCAAUAACCUGAUGGUUGCAGUGUUUUGGAUCUGGGGGAAAAGUAUUAGGAAACAUACUUCCAGGGGAUGGUUGGGAAGUUUGUCGAGGAGAGAACAGAGUAGAACAGUACUGUGA